CCUAACGCUAUACCAGCAGCAGUCUCUGCUGUCGCACAGAACUUCCAUUUUCUUUUUUUGUUCUUUUAUUCACAUCUUGAUAUCGUAUCUUUGACGUUAGAACCGUCAAUUCAACACGACUGUGAUACAUUCCGCGUCUCCGGCGUCCUCCUGACUAACAGUCAGAAAUGGCAUCUCGUCAGUCGCCGCCUUCACCCGCUCCAGCUACCCUAUGGGAUAGGAUAAAUGGGUGAAGGGAGAUCGCACAGCCUGUGGAAAUGAACCGCAUUUUGAAACUCAGAACGAUCUGUGUUUUAAGGAUAUGAAAUGAGACAGCUUUCCUUUCGCCUUUGCGCCAUGCAAUGAGUUGCUGGUCCAGACUUGCGUCGUCACUACAAUCCAGGAAACACAGACAACGGAUAUCCUGCAGUCAAGAUAGGGACACAGCCCAGCCUUCUAAGUGAAGGCGUGCAGGCAUGUUGCUACUCUGUCUGGAUAAUCGGAAAAAAAACCUCAGGAGCCGUAGCCAUGAAGUUGUGCUUGCAACUCCAGCAAGCCAUUAUUGGAGGACGGCCCCACGUGACUCCACGGCACCAUGCUUGGCACCACUUCGAGCAAGUUUGGAUACAUCUACGGACUGAGCGCGGGAAAAAAUGGAGGCCAAGAGACAGCAGUUGGAGAACUCCAACCUGUCCAGCAGAACGUCCCGUCUUCUGCCAACGCCAGGUGGUACCAGGCUGACACAUAUUGGAGCGUAUUGAACUCGGUGGACAAAAAUGAUAGCAGUAGCAAAGAGGUUAUCAGUAGUUUGAAGAGUUGCUGUCCACCUACUAGCCGCUGUUCAUCAAGGCAGAUAUUCCCCUGGAUGAAAGAUUGGCGGCGUACCAACGACCGGAGAACGACAGAUUUACAAGAGUUAGUCAACAGUCGAGGCGAGCCAUAUCUUCCAGUGAAGGGUAAAGACAGAGGGAGGCGGGACCGAACAACUUUCACGAGCACCCAGCUGGUGGAGCUUGAGAAGGAAUUCCACUUCAGACCCUACCUGGAUCGGGAUCGUAGGUUGGAGAUGGCUGCUGGCCUGAAGCUCACCGACCGCCAGAUCAAGAUCUGGUUCCAGAACCGCCGCAUGAAGUCCAAGAAGGACCACAAGGUCGGACAGACAGAAGGGCCAUCAUCUCAGUGUUCCACCAGCACGGCCUCCCUCUGCCCUGGUUCUUCCAGUGGGUACUCAGUACUCAACGGUACAUGUGUGGUCAGAUCUUCUGUCUCUCCAAACCUGUUUCUCAUAGACUAUGGCCAUUCUUCAGCCCUUGAUCCUCACACUAAGGCAAGCAGCAGCCAAUACAUUUGUGCUAAUUCUAUUGGCCCUCCCCAUACAACCUUACCUGCAACUGCAGCAGCUGGUCCUCAGUCUUUCAUAUCUCUGGCUGAGAGCAGUCAUUGGCCCACGUGUCUCCUAAAAAACUCCUCUGUAUCCAAAGAUACUCGGUUCUCCUACGCUGACAUGAAUGCUUAUUAUAAAUGUGAUGGGCUUCUCCCAGACCCCUUAAAUCACUCGACUUACACUUACCUGUGAAAAAGCAUGACACACCUUUAACAUCUGUUUGUAUGAUCUUUUUCCGGAAUGUUUCAUUUUAAUGUACCUGCAUGCCUUUAAAUGUCUGUGUGGUCCCAAAAGAUUAGCGUAAGUCUGAGUUAUUUGCCGUUUGGCUUCUUGUAGAUUUAGCUCAAGUUUUGAGUCUGUCUAACAUUUAGCGAAAUAGUUCCCCAAAAUCAUUAAAUUAUUUUUGUGUCUAUACGUGUUUUGAUUCAUAAAUAAGACCUUUUGUAUAUGUAUGCAUGUUUACUACAUAUUUUUUAUAAACUGUCCUACAUCCUACCGUAAGGAUGUACUAUUUUCCUUGUGUGUAAUAUAUUGACGGUUGUCCCCUGACCUAAUUUUCACUUCUUAUAAGCAUCUUUAAAAAGCAAAAAAUAUGUUUAGCCAAGCUUUGGAAUGAUAAAACAGCAUGUGUUCAUAUGGAAGGAUGUUAUAUUUUUGUUACAGACAGUACAAUAAAUGUCUUUGAUAUUUCUCUUAAUGUAUUGAAACACUUGCAAAAUAAAA